GUUUGAGCUCUGUCAGUGUUUGUUCAGUCAGCAGAGGAACAUGGCUUCAUCCUUUCUGGGCUUUUCCCUCCUCUUCCUCAGCCUGAACGCAGCAGAUGGAUUUAAAAAUUAUGCAGCAAGCUACUGUGAGUUCAACUCCUCUGAGAUGAAGGACAUCGAGUACAUUCUCUCUUUUUAUUACAACAAGGAUGAGUAUCUCAGGUACAGCAGCUCAGUGGGGGAAUUUGUGGGCUACACUGAGCUCGGUGUGAAGAACGCAGAGAGGCUGAACAGGGACACUGCACAGCUGGCAGCCCUGAGAGCUCAGAAGGAGAGAGUCUGCAAAAACAACAUUGAGAAGUGGGACUCUGGCAUACUGGCUAAGAAAGUGCCCCCCUCUGAUGUCACGCUGAGCUCGGUGACGCCCCCUGGUGGGAAACACACCCACAUGCUGAUGUGCAGCGUCUACGGCUUCUACCCCAAACACAUCAGUGUGAAGUGGCUGAGAGACGGAAAGGUCACGACCUCUGAUGUCACUUCCACUGAGGAGCUGGCGGACGGUGAUUGGUACUACCAGAUCCACUCCCACCUGGAGUUCACGCCCAGGUCUGGAGAGAAGGUCUCCUGCAUGGUGGAGCACAUCAGCCUGAGUGAACCUGUGAUCAGAGACUGGGAUCCGUCUCUUCCUGAGUCUGAGAGAAACAAGAUCGCCAUCGGAGCUUCAGGUCUGAUUCUGGGUCUGAUCUUAUCUCUGGCUGGAUUCAUCUACUACAAGAGGAAGAUGAAAGGACGGAUUCUGGUUCCCACAAACUGAGUGCUGCCCCCUGCUGGAGAGGAGGACGUCCAGGAUGGAGCUCAGCUUCCUGCUCACAGCCUCAGCAGCAGCUGUUUGAAACCUUUAGUGCCUUAACAGAUUCUUAUAUUUCUGCUGGAGUGAGAUGUCUUCUUGGUACAAUAAACCUUUGGGCAACACUGUCACAUUUGAAUUUUAGCUGAUUAAUUAUAGUAAUAACUUUAUUAAAUAAUAAAGUGCCUUCAUGUAUUCUCAGGAACAGGAACCAUAUAAUAACAAGCCACAGUCAAAUAUUAAUUAAUAUAUAUGUUUUACAUGAACUAUAUAAUUGUUAAUUACAGAUCUCAUCACAUAUCCUCCAUCUGUGUGUUUAGAUUAACUCUCUGAUCACACACAACGUGAUAAACUCUUCAGCCUUUCUGAAAAUGUCUUCAUGCUUAUCAAGCUUGGGUGAAAAUCAUAACCAUCAUUAAUAAAUACUGUGUUUAUUGCUACGUGAUGCUUAUUCACUGAUUUGAAUGCUGAAGAAAUCACUGAUCAAGUAUUUGCUUCAACUGUUAAUAAAUGAAUCGUAGACGCCA